AGACUCGAGUUGACUACGGUAGAGUACGUAUCGAGCGGUACUAUGAGAUAAUACUCUCUGUUUUAUAAACAAUUUUAUUUGUUUUAAGACUUAUUUUGAAAUUAAACAUGUGUUUAAAAAGUGCAAAGUGAAAGAUAUAUUAGUGAUUGGUGCACUGAGAGUGAUUUUUUUUUGUGCCCCAUGAGGGAUUUUAGUAUAAAAUGUGGUUUAACUGUACUAAGGAAUACCACCAGUGUCUUUGGAUUAUAACGUUAACCAUAGUUUCGGCCUUAGUACGAGACACAACAGGUUUUGAAUCAUGCUCACCCAAUCCUUGUAAAAAUGGCGGAACAUGUUUGUCGCCCUUGAAAGAAGACAGUUUUUGCAAUUGUACUUCGAAAUACGUAGGAGAGUACUGCCAAUAUCCGAAUCCUUGUCAUCCUUCGCAAGGCCCCCGUUGUCAAAAUGGCGGCUCGUGUCAAGUUCGCGUAUCUCCGGGUGAAGCGCCGAGUUUCACUUGUUCGUGUCCGCUCGGUUUCAGUGCUUCGUUAUGCGAAAUCCGAAUAGCCAAUUCGUGCGAUCAAAGGCCGUGUAUGAACGGAGGCACGUGCACUUUAAGGUCAUUGGAAUCUUAUCAGUGCGCGUGCGCGCAAGGGUACACAGGUGAACAUUGCGAAAGGCAGGACCAUUGUGUACCGCAACCGUGCCUAAACGGUGCCGAAUGUACGUCCGUAGGAGAUUCUUAUAAAUGCACUUGCGCUCCCGGUUUUACGGGGGCGUCGUGUCGUGACGACAAAGACGAAUGUUUACAUACACCCUGUCGGCAUGGUAAAUGUAUCAACACCCACGGAAGCUAUACAUGUACCUGUAGCGAGGGCUACACGGGCCAAAAUUGCGAAAGCGAGUAUAUCCCUUGCGAACCGAGUCCUUGUCAAAAUGGAGGCAAAUGUCGACAGAGAGAUAAACAUACUUACACCUGCGAAUGUCCAUCAGGUUUCCGAGGUCCAAAUUGCGAAGAAAACAUCGACGAUUGUCCCGGAAAUCAAUGCCAAAAUGGUGGCGUUUGCAUCGAUGGUGUUAACAGCUACACCUGCAAAUGUCCAUCAACUUAUACGGGUACUUUCUGCGAAAGAGACGUCGAUGAAUGUUCGAUGCGUCCUACGGUAUGUCAAAACGGAGCCACUUGUACUAACAGCAUCGGUGGCUUUUCUUGUAUCUGCGUCAAUGGAUGGACCGGUCCUGAUUGCUCGGUCAAUAUUGACGAUUGCGCUGGAGCGGCUUGUUUCAACGGCGCCACUUGCAUCGAUAGAGUCGGCAGCUUUUAUUGCAGAUGUACACCAGGAAAAACAGGUCUUCUCUGUCAUUUGGACGAUGCUUGUACCAGUAAUCCCUGCCACGCUGACGCUAUUUGUGACACUAGUCCCAUAAACGGAUCCUACACGUGCAGUUGUGCUUCUGGAUACAAAGGCAUUGACUGCUCAGAAGAUAUCGAUGAAUGCGAACAAGGAUCUCCAUGUGAGCAUGACGGAAUUUGCGUCAACACACCUGGAAGCUUCGCGUGUAAUUGUACGCAAGGUUUCACCGGUCCGCGAUGCGAAAUAAACGUUAACGAAUGCGAAUCUCACCCUUGCCACAACGACGGUUCCUGUUUAGAUGAUCCCGGUACAUUUAGAUGCGUUUGUAUGCCAGGAUUCACUGGUACCCAAUGCGAAAUAGACAUCGACGAAUGCAAGGAACGGCCAUGUUUAAAUGGCGGUACUUGUCACGAUCUUAUCAACAGUUUCAAAUGCACAUGCGCAACCGGUUUCACCGGUUCCCGAUGUCAAAUCAAUAUCGACGAUUGCGCUUCGAGUCCUUGUCGCAAUGGAGGUCUAUGCCAUGACGGUAUAGCCGCCUACACUUGCGAAUGCCCGCCGGGAUUCACUGGAGUAUCGUGCGAAACUAAUAUCAACGAUUGUCUGUCUUCGCCUUGUUUACAUGGUGAAUGUAUAGAUGGCGAAAACUCGUUUACUUGUACGUGUCAUCCCGGUUACGCUGGUCCUUUAUGUCAACAACAAAUCAACGAAUGCGAAUCUAAUCCUUGUCAAUAUGGAGGUAUAUGUCAGGAUUUGGUAAACGGUUACCAAUGUAUCUGCAAACCAGGCACUUCCGGUCCCAAUUGCGAAAUAAACGUUAACGAAUGCUACAGCAAUCCAUGUAGAAACGGAGCUAGAUGUUUGGAUGGUAUCAAUAGCGGGUUUUUCUCUUACGAAUCUUACACGUGCGAAUGCCAUCCCGGUUUCACGGGUCGUCAUUGCGAAAACGACAUCGACGAAUGCGCAUCAAAUCCGUGCGCGAACGGAGGAGUCUGCAUAGAUUUAAUCAACGGUUUCAGAUGCGAAUGUCCACGUGGAUACUUCGACGCGAGAUGCUUGAGCGACGUGGACGAAUGCAAAUCGAAUCCUUGUAAACAUGGAGGUAGUUGCGAAGACGGCGUCAACCAAUUCAUAUGCCAUUGUCUACCCGGUUACGGAGGUAAACAAUGCGAGGUUAAUAUCGAUGAAUGCGCUUCAAAUCCUUGCCAGCACGGCGGAAAUUGUAGAGACCAUCUAGCUUCGUAUACGUGCGAAUGUCUACCAGGUUAUUCGGGCAUCAAUUGUGAAUUCAACAUCGACGAUUGCGCCGUGAAUCCAUGUAAAAACGGCGGUAGUUGCAUCGAUCAAGUGAACGAUUUCAAAUGCGUAUGCGAACCGCCGUUCACGGGUCGCGAAUGCAAAGAUAGAUUAGAUCCGUGUCAACCUAAUUUGUGUCAACACAACUCCAAAUGUAAUCCCAGUUCGAAUUUUUUGGAUUUCGCAUGUUCUUGCGGUGUGGGAUAUACCGGAAGAUUUUGCGAACAAGAUGUCGACGAAUGCGUAGUUUCGAAACCGUGUAGAAACGGAGCGACGUGCAGAAACACCAACGGAAGUUAUAUGUGUCUUUGUAUGCGAGGAUACGAAGGAAAGGAUUGUUCUAUCAAUACCGACGAUUGCGCUUCGUCUCCUUGUCAAAAUGGUGGCACAUGCUUAGACGAGUUAGGCGAUUUCACGUGUCUGUGUAUCAACGGUUUCGAUGGUAAACAAUGCGAAAUCGACAUCGACGAAUGCGCAUCUCAUCCUUGUCAAAACGGCGCAACUUGCAAUCAAUACGUAGACUCGUACACGUGCACGUGUCCUUUAGGUUUUUCCGGAAUUAAUUGUCAAACUAACGAUGAAGAUUGUACGGAAAGCAGCUGUAUGUACGGAGGAACUUGCAUCGAUGGUAUAAACAGUUACGUUUGUACAUGUAAACCCGGUUACACCGGUUCCAACUGUCAAAAUCGAAUAAAUCUAUGUGAUAGUUCGCCAUGUCUCAACGGUGCUACGUGCCAAGACCACACCACGCAUUACACUUGCCAUUGUCCUUUCGGAUAUACUGGAAAAAAUUGUGGCGAAUAUGUGGAUUGGUGUGCAACGAAUCCUUGCGAGAAUCAUUCAACUUGCCGUCAAAUUAAAAAUCAGUAUUCGUGCGCGUGCGGCCCCGGUUGGACCGGAAAAGUGUGCGACGUAGAAAUGGUCAGUUGUAAAGACGCCGCUGCUAAAAAAGGUAUUCCACUAAAAUAUCUCUGUAAUAAUGGUACGUGCGAAACUAUAGGCAAUUCUCACAGAUGUCACUGCAAAGAAGGUUAUACUGGAUCGUACUGUCAAAAGGAGAUAAACGAAUGCGAAACGGCUCCGUGUCAAAACGGCGCAACUUGCAAAGAUCUAAUCGGUUCCUACAGCUGUAUUUGUCCCAAAGGUUUCCAAGGACAAAACUGCGAACUCAACGUAGACGACUGCCUACCGAAUCCGUGUCAAAACGGCGGUACCUGUCACGAUUUGGUCGACAGCUUUUUAUGUUCGUGCCCACCGGGUACGUUGGGAUAUAUAUGCGAAAUCAACAUCGACGAUUGUAGAUCGGACUCGUGUCAUAAUAACGGCACGUGUAUGGAUCGAGUAGGAGGAUUCGAAUGCAAAUGUCCGCCGGGUUUCGUCGGACCGAGAUGCGAAGGCGAUAUCAACGAAUGUCUAUCGAAUCCUUGUUCUAAUCCCGGAACGUUAGAUUGCGUUCAACUCGUCAACGAUUAUCAUUGUAAUUGCAAGGCCGGUUUCAUGGGACGACAUUGCGAACGAAAAGUGGACGUGUGCGCUGCUAAUCCUUGCAGAAACGGCGGUAUAUGCGUACCUACGAACACCGGUUACAAUUGCACGUGCGCAGACAGAUUUUGCGGUAGAUAUUGUGAAUUGAGUUGCCACGAUUGCGAUUCCGAACCGUGUAAAAACGGCGGUAAUUGUCGAACAACCGAAAACGGCGAUUAUUUCUGCGAAUGUCCACCGUCGACGACUGGCGCCAAUUGCGAAAUAGAUCUCAUCGACGAAUGCGAGAGUAAUCCGUGUCUACAUCCGGACGCGACGUGCGAAAAUAGAAUCGGCGAUUACGUGUGUUAUUGUCCGCCUCAGCACGUCGGAAAAAGUUGCGAAAUAUUCGAUCGGAACGCUCCGGCAGGUAUCGGUAAACCGCAAAGACAACCGCAAGAUUUCGAUAAUUUCUUCGCCGUCGAUUUGGAAAAACAACGACAGGAAUGUUUGCGUAAUAAAUGUCCGAUGAAACGCGGGAAUAUGAUAUGCAACGAAGAAUGCAACACGUACGCUUGCGAUUUCGACGGUAACGAUUGUUCAUUGGGUAUUAAUCCUUGGGCGAAUUGUACGGCGCCGACGAAAUGUUGGGAAGUGUUUAUGGACGGGAACUGUAACGAAGAUUGUAAUAAUCCGCAAUGUCUUUUCGACGGAAGAGAUUGCGAAAAAAAAUUGCAAGCUUGUAAUCCGACAUACGACGCCUAUUGUCAAAAACAUUACGCCAACGGUUAUUGCGAUUACGGUUGCAAUAACCCCGAAUGUAAUUGGGACGGUUUAGAUUGCGAAAAAGAACCGCCAGAAUUAGCCGACGGUGUUAUAUCGAUGGUUAUCCUCAUGGACAUGGAAGGUUUUAAAAAUCAUUUGGUCGAGUUCCUGAGAGAUACGAGCCAUCAAUUAAGAACGACGGUUAGAGUGAAAAAAGAUCAAUUAGGUUACGAUAUGAUUUAUCCUUGGAUGGGAUCGACAUCUUCAACCGAUAAUCUACAAGACGAUUAUUUCAAACGAAAACACCACGUCGCUUUUACCGAACAAACCCAAACCGGCGUUAAAGUAUUUUUGGAAAUCGAUAAUAGAAAAUGUACGUCUCUAGCCGAAAAUACGGAUUUCUGUUUCCAAACUGCGAGCGCCGCCGCGGAUUUUUUGGCGGCGAAAGCUUCCAAACACACCUUAUCGAAAUCAUUUCCAAUAUACCAAGUGAACGGUUCAAGUUUAGAUCCGGAAGAUAAUCCACCAGCGAACGCCAAAUACGUUCUUAUAGGAAUAUUUAUAGUGAUUUGUAUAAGCGGUGUGGUAUUCAUGGUGAUUCAGACGCAAAGGAAACGCGCCGCCGGUAUAACGUGGUUCCCCGAAGGAUUUUUAAGAACCAAUUCCGGUACGAGACGCAGAUCGAGACGUCGAGGUCCCGAAGGUCAGGAACUUAGAAAUUUGAGCAAAAAUCCUUCGAUACCGGGUAUGGAUAUCGAUCCGAACGUUCCGCACGGUCACGUACCUCAAUGGUCUGACGACGAAAGCGACAUGCCGCAACCGAAACGUUUCAGAGCUAACGACAUGGGUUAUUCUAGCGACCAUACGGCCAUAACCGAAUACGAAGAAGCCGAACCGAGAUGGACUCAACAACAUUUAGACGCCGCCAACGAUAUGAGACCUACGAUUAAAUCGUCACCGCCUCAAGGCAACGACGUCGGAGAUAGUAACGCUAGAGGACCAUGUGGUAUUACGCCUAUUAUGGUACCAGCUUUAAGAGGAUGCGGAAUGGAUACCGGCGUAGACGAAGACGACGACGACGGGGCGGGCCAAAUUAUACAAGAUUUAGUUGCCCAAGGUGCCGAACUUAACGCCACCAUGGACAAAACCGGUGAAACUUCAUUACAUCUCGCGGCAAGAUACGCGAGGGCGGAUGCGGCGAAGCGUCUCCUAGACGCGGGUGCGGAUGCGAACGCGCAAGACAACACUGGACGGACUCCUUUACACGCGGCAGUCGCUGCCGACGCUCUGGGAGUUUUCCAAAUACUCCUAAGAAACAGGGCGACCAAUUUGAACGCUAGAAUGCACGAAGGUACGACGCCGCUCAUUCUGGCGGCUCGUUUAGCUAUCGAGGGUAUGGUGCAAGAUCUAAUAAGCGCCGAAGCGGACAUUAACGCCGCGGACAAUUCGGGAAAAACGGCGUUGCAUUGGGCGGCAGCCGUCAAUAAUGUUGAAGCUGUAAAUAUUUUAUUGGCGCACGGAGCUAAUAGAGACGCUCAAGAUGAUAAGGACGAGACGCCAUUAUUCUUGGCUGCACGCGAAGGCUCUUAUCAAGCAUGUAAAGCUCUUUUAGAAGCUUACGCCAAUAGAGAAAUAACCGAUCACAUGGAUAGAUUACCUAGAGAUGUCGCUAGCGAGAGGUUACAUCAUGAUAUUGUUCGAUUACUCGAUGAACACAUACCUAGAAGCCCACAAAUGGUCAACGUCAUACCAAACAACAACGUAAUGACAUCUCCUAGCGGACAUAUGUUACAGCAACCAACAGUAAUUAAUCCUAAACGUCAAAAAUCGAAGAGGCCGAGCAAAGCUAACGGUCCAACGAGUCCCGAAAACGAUAAUGGUAUUAUGACAGUAGGCAGCAUACGACGGAAACCCAGCGUUAAGAAAAAUAACAAUAACAAAAAGCCUCAACAGACAGCAGAAGUGGCGCAAAAUAUCGAUUCUCUUAAUUCGACGUUAAGCCCCGUCGAAUCGCCAAUGACGAAUUUACCAAGCCCAUAUGACGCUACUUCGUUAUAUUCGAAUAUGAAUUUGCCGCAAGGUUUGGAAAACCUUAUGGUCAAUAAACAACCACCUAGUUACGAAGACGUAGUGAAAAAUAAUCUCGGUUUUACUUUGGAUGGUAAUUACGGUGCGACAUUCGGUAUAUUCCCCGAGGCGAUUAUAAUGCAACAACGCCAAUUACAAGCGAAUACCUUGAGUCCACCUUAUUCCAACCAAUCGCCUCCGCAUUCGGUACAUUCGAAUAUGUCUCUAUCGCCACAAGGGUAUAACGGUUCCCCUUCUCCAGCCAAAUCGCGCCCUUCGCUACCUAUCAGUCCCACGCAUAUAGCUGCCAUUAGAGCGGCUACCCAUCAAAACAUGCAAAUGGGCUUCGAUUUCAGCCAAACUGGUAUCGAAUUGCCUCUCACUUAUUCAGGUUUAGGCAAUUCAACUCAAGCUAACGUGCAGUCGCAGCAGUUUCCCCAAAAUUUUUAUUUAACGCCUCCUUCGCAGCAUUCCGACCACCUGUUGCCGGAAAACUUUCCAACGCCUAGUCCGGAAAGUCCUGGACAUUGGUCAUCGAGUUCGCCGAGAUCCUGCAACUCGGAUUGGUCGGAAAAUAUAGCCAGUCCCAACACUUACGUAUCAUCGGGACAUCAAACAAACAAAGGCUCUGACGCCAUUUAUAUUUAGGGGCGUUUAUAUAGAGAAAAGUUGUAAGAAAAGUUCAACGAAAACAAAAACAAUAUUUUUUUUAAAUUCUCCAAUACUCUUACAAAUAUUUUUGUAUAUAAACAGUCGAUAAAAGGUUUUCCAUUCAAUAUCCAGUAAAAAUUUAAUGUAUUAGUAAAUAUUCAUAAUAACUAAGGCAAACUACUCCAUAUAUUACAGCGUAUAUUGUACAUCGGACUAUCAGUACAAUUCCAGUCCUCUUAUUAUUUUUAUUUCUCUAUUCUUUCCCUCCGUGUUCUUUUUUUUUCAAAUUUGUAUGAUCCGAUGUCUAUUUGAUUUGUUCAAUAACUUUGUGUUUUUACUUUUCUAUUCUUACUUCGGUCUUCUAUGAUGUAGAUAUAGUUUCUAUUCUGAAAAUAAAAAAAAAUUUAGUGUUACACUAAUACUCACAAUAACACCGCCAGCCCCUUCUAACUAGAGAUUAAAGAACUAUACAGUGAAGUCAUUUGAGCCAAUGAUUCCCCAAGUGGUCCAGGUGCACCUCCAGAGGUCCACGGGAAGUUCUACAACAGGAGUAUACUUGAAUUUCCAUAGUUAGAUUUAAUUUUUUGACUAGCUGGUAAUAUUAUCACAACUUAAACUUAUAAUAAGUAUUUUAAAACUGAUUUAUGAGUAAAAAAAGGUUGGGAACUUCUUAUUUAACCCGUAAAAGCACCAUUUAUUGGUUCAUGGAAAAGAGUGUUGGUAGAAAGUAUUGUUUCUUCUCUUAACUACUUGUAGGCUAAUAUUAUGAAUAGUUUUGUAUUUCGUUGAAUUUUUGACAACCUCAAGAGCUGCGUUGUGAUCUUGUUAAUUUUUUAGGUAGGUUUUUAUUUAGCACAAAAUGACAGGUUGCGCUCUUUUUUUAUAUUUACCAUAAAAUGUUCACUUUGCACUAAAUUAGUUAGGUAAUUGGGACGUACAAAGUUUGGUGCCAAGAUUUUUUUAUAAGUUCUCUUAUUAUAUUGACAAAAAAACGAAAUUGAAAUGCGAAAAAAUCGAAAAAGUUUUCUGAUAGGACAUCCUAAUCACUAUGAAGUAAUUAAAACUUUCCAUGCCCAUGAAGGACACUAUUUUUUACAAAUUGUAUAAUUAUAUCCCUAGUUAUUUCAUUAACUUUUUAAUGUUUCUCUUCUUGUCUUGUAAUUUAUGCCUAAACUUAUUUUUUAUUGACAGAGGUUCCUUAUACUUGUUCACAUUACUAGUGUCCCUUUAGAUUGUUAUUUGGUUCUGUUCAUAUAUUUAAUUAUGUAGCUUUCCAUAUUUUGCCAGGCAUAUUCCUCUCCAUCUACCUGUUUGUACUCUAAAUUUGGUUUUAUUUUGUAUUCUUUAGUUAUUACUUGAUAAAACUUUAUUUCUUCAGUUGUAAAGUUCAAGACUAUGGAAAAAUUUUCUUUGGAAAUUACUGCAAAAAUAUGCAUAAUAAUUCUGACAAUCGAAGUAGUUAAAGGAUAAAUUUGCAGCAAAAAAAUGUGAGAGAUGUUUUAGAUCAUUACUAUCUAAUGUUUUAACAGGUUAUUAGAAUUACAUAAAUUAAAGAAGAAAAUAGAAUAAAACCUAAAGUUUUGAUCAAAUAUUUAGUGGUUUAUACAAAAAUAUGAUAAAAUAAUUAACAUUUUGAAAACUAUUACUUACAUCUCUGUGUAAAACUAUGGUUAUUACUAAUUUUCUAUUUAUUUGUAUACAACAAUCGGCAUAAAAAAUAUUAAGGUAAUUGGCUGGGGUAAAAGCUGAGUAUCAUCUCCAAGUUCAUCAAUAUCAUGAUAAGGGCUCUUCCCUCCUCUAUAUUUCUUUUAAAAUCUAAAGAAAAUCUUACUGAACACACUCUUUAGACCACCACUACACCUACACUCACAAUUACAUUGUCUGAGGCACGUUUCCAUAACCAAGUUAUCAUCUUCAGAGACUGAGUUUAACUUGAUUAUGGAAACGCGUGUCUGGUCUGACAGUGUAACUGUAAGUGUUGGUAUAGUGGUAGUGUAAACAGUGAGUUCAGUUUGAAUAUCACCAACGGUUCCAGAAAUUCCAACUUACUAUAGGGAGUCUUCCUUUUAGAUGUGAGGAGAUUUGAUUUAUUAUUACUAUGUCCUUGCACUGCCUCGAUAAAUCCUUAUGCAUAACGACACAUUUUUCAAUCCACUCUUUUAAAAAAAUAUCAAAAUGAAUAUUUCACAAACUAAUUAAUUACUUAUUGAAUGCAAAUGAAAAACAACAAAUACAAACAAGAAAUUAUGACAGUAUCGCCUAAUUUUGACAUCACCGAAUACUGCUGCCAGCUCCUAGAAAGCAAUUUCCCUGAUUCGCCAGAAAUUAUUUCAUUUAAAUUUUGGACAUUUAGAUUUUGUUGGCUGCAACGUUUAAAUUGAAGAAUCUAAAUCAGCUGAUGCCCAUUAGAAAAUGGCCUCCGCGGGAUAAACUAAUCCUUUUUACGUAAGUUUCUAGGUAGUCUAUAAAAUUAUUUGUUGGAUUAUAGAUAAUAUUAUUGCCAGUUUUAUUGUUUUUAUUGUGCUUAGUGUAGGUACGCGGUAAAUAUAUUCUGCAAUGUAUAAUGAAAACUUGUGGAAAAUGUGCAAGAUUAUGAAGAACACUCUUUUUAUCUAAUAAAAAGGGUCAUGUUUUUUAAAUCUGAACACAACCUUUUGUGACAUAAGAAGAGGAUUUACGUGAAUUUCAAAAUAAAUAAGAUUAUUUGAAAUAUUAAACACUGAAAUCAGAAAUCAAAAGAAUUUUAAAGUUAUAAGAAAGGGUUAAGAUAAUGGAGACUAGGAAUCGAUUGACCAUCACUUAUUGGUAAUUACACAAAAAUACAUUUCAUAUGAUAAAGUUAUGUCAUAUCGAGUCUCAUUAAAAAAAACAAGCCUUUUUUAAUAUGUAUUAAUAUUUUAUUAUGAAUAUAAAGAGCGCAACCUAUUGAAACUUGUGGUCUCAAUAAUAUUAUACAGAGUUUACUCUAUAUUAAAAUACAGUAUUUAUUUUUGUCAUUCUUAGGCCUUAUACUUUUUUUAUAUACUAAAAUCUCCAUGUCGUGCCUUUGACGAGAGUUGUUAAAAGUUAAAAUGUGUUUUGUAAAAUUAUAUAGAAUACAAAAAAAAUUCUAUUUUGUACAUAUUUUAAGUAGCUAUAUUAUUGUUAGCAUAGUUUUAUAGGCGAACUAGUUCUCUUUUUUUAUUUCAAUAAUUUUUUUCUUGAAUCGUAUGUUUGCAAAUAAUAUUUAUUAAUUCUUAUGUUUAAUAUAUAUUUACUUAUAAAUGAAUAAAGGUUUUGAUGAUGUCGUUAAGAAUAUUUUCGAAUUUUAGAUCAUACUUGACAAAUAUCUAAUGGUAGUAGAAAUACACUAGUCGAAAAUAUCUAGGAACCACAUUGUGUUUGAUAGAUGGAACCAUAUUUUGCACAGCUACUGCAAGGAACAAAAAUUAGCUAUAAAAUCAAACGCAAGUCUCAUUUGGGGGUUAAAAAUACGUUUUAUUAACAUUUCAUAGUAUGCAGAAAACCAAAUUGAAGACCAAUUUUAUAUUCUCUAGAUCAAUAUUCCACGAUUAAAGAAAAUGGCAUCAGUAACAUCUAAACUUGAUUGAUUUGUUAAAUAUGUGUAUGCGGACAUACGUACAAUAUAUUUUAUUGUAAAAAUUUUGUAACAGAUAUGUUUCUCAUGAAUUCAGUUUCUUUAUUUUGUACUUCUAAUUUUGUUUUUGUGUGUGUCCUUACAAACGGUAUAUUAACAUCUUAAAAGUCUGUGAUUCAAUUUUUGUAAUUAUUAACAUCAUUUUUUUGACAAUAAUUGUAAAUUAGUGAUAAUACAAUAUUUUUGAUAUAAAUUUUUAAAACGUAAAAGCGCACAUUCCACGUUUUGGGAUCAAAUAAAAUUCAUAAAAAAAUACACCUUUUUACAGUGUUCAUAAUGUUAGCAAAAUUUUGAAUGUUCUCACUUUCAGGCACUUUCUUCAAUUCAAAUUGUUAAAAUUAUCUUCAAAAUUAAUCGAUAUGAAAAAUUCAGUAAUUUUGUUUUUGGAAUAUCUAUUUUAACAAAAAAUAGAAGUAAAUAUUAAAUCCACUUUAUAUAUGUAGACAUACAGGGUUUUUCUAAAUUCGUGCAACAAAAUUCAGGAGGUGAUUGCUUCUAUGAUAAAAAAGGUGGGUCUCCUUUCCGAGAUAUUACCCUUAAAAAGUGGUGAGUAAAAUUGAGUUUAUUUUUUUUUAAUAUCAGUGAAAGUAGAAACUUGAAAUUCUGUAAUUUUCGUGCACUAGCGAAGGAUUAACCCCGUUUUUUUUAAUAUUCCUGUUAGAUUUUACGGGAAUUAAAUUAGCAACCCUUAAUUUAUUUCAUAUAAAAACCUUUUUGAAGAUGAAGUUUUAUGAAAUGAAAUUAUAACCUAAUAUCCUUGUUCUAUUAAAAUAUAUUUUUCAUUCUUCAUUUUUUUUCUCAAAACUAAUAAAUGAUGUAAUUAAAAACAAAGUAGAGGAGGUUAUUACCAGUAUAUACAAAGAAUCUUUAAUGUUUUCCGCUCGAUUUAUUAAAAAAAUUAUAAAUCAUUGUUUAUUUUUUUCCUCAAUGGCAAUUUGUUUUGGGAAAAAAAUUAAUAAUAAAGAAUAUUUUUAAAUAAAACAAAAUUAUAAUUUUAUUCCAUAAAUCUUAAUUUUAUAAAAAAAAAUUGAUAUGAAAUAAAGUAAGGUUGCUAAUUAAAAAUACACGAGUGCACGAGAAUUACAGAAUUUCAAGUUUUUAGUAUAACUGAAAUUUUAGAGAAAAAAAAAUCAAUUUUUAUCACCACUUUUAAAAGGAGAUAUCACGAAAAGGGGUGGACUGAGGAAAUUUCGUUAUAAGAAAGAUUUCAUAUGAGCAAUCACCUCCUGAAUUAUGUCUCAUGAAUUUAGAAAGACCCUGUAUAUAAGUUGAUUGAAUUAUAUAAAAUAAAACGCAUUAUAUAGUAGUGAAAGUAUCACUAUUAUUAUUUGUAGAGAAAUCUUUAAAUAAAAUUUUAGAGAAUUAAAGAAUUUGCCUUGUUACUCAAGAUUUUCCACCAACGAAUCAAGUUUUAAUUGAAAAUCAUUCCAUUCCAUUAAUUCUUCCAUUAAUACAUUGUUUUGCAUUCCGGCGAUAAAAGUACCAAGGAUUUGUUGAAAUUUCGUGGAAGAUCUUGGGGGAAAAUGUGUAUAGUAAAAAAUCAGUUGAUGAAUUUAUUUAUGAUAGGAUUUUUUAAAAUGGUACAUGUUAGUCAACUGAUUUUUUUUGUAAAAAGUACUGAUUAGAUAUAUUUUUAAGUGAAUUAUCAUGGUUUUAUAAUAUUGUUGAUAACAUACAUAUCAACAAUUGCUGUUUUUCCCCUAGUUUCUAAGAUCACCUGCUUUGUACUAUAUGAUUUUAAAUAAAUAGAUUUUUAUAAUAAA